UAUCAAGAUGUAAAAUUUCCCCUAAGUACUGCUUUGGCUGCAUCCCACAAGUUUUGAUAUUCAACGAAACAGUAAAGUAAAUGUUUGAGGAUUUUGGCUGAUGCUAAACAUUUCAAUUCUGGUGAGCCUGUUUGAACUAGCUCUAGGUCAACCCUGGACCUUGGGCAAAUCACUCACCCAUCUGGGCUUCAGUUUCCUCAUCUGCAAAGUAAGGAGAUUGGACUAAAUCCAGUGCUUAUUAUAAUUGUUUUAAGUUGUAAUAAUAUCUAAUAUUUGUAUAGUCAUUACUAUGCACCAGGAACUGUGCUAAACAUUUGAGAAUUAUGUCCUUUGAGUCUUAUAACAAUCCUGGGAAUUAGGUGCUAUUAUUUUUAUUCCUAUUUUACAGAUGACGGAAUUAAGGCAAACAGGUUAGGUCACUUGCCCAGUAUCACCCAGGUAGUAAGUGUCUGAGCUGGAUUUGAACUCAUGUCUUCCAGACUCUGGGCCCUGCAGUGCUCUAUCCACUGCACGCUACCUAGUUGCCUCCUAGAUACUUAAUAAAUGCUUGUCGAUGACAAUAUCUCUAAGGCCCCUCCCUCACGGGCCUAGCCUGUUGCCCUAGUAGUAUCGUUCAGGUCAGGCUGCCCGACCAAUUCUAAUUGAUAUUGAUAAUUCAAUACUCCCCUGGCGCAUUGAGGCAGUAAAGAGAACUGCUCAUUCUAUAGUCAACGUGCAUGUAAAUUUCUUCCCUGACGGGGAGGUUGGAGGAUUCUGCGCAGGCUCAGUCAUUUCUGAGAAGGGCGGCUGGGAAGGGUGAGGGCAGAGCAACAGUGCGCAUGUCACUUUCCCUGACUAGCUGUGAGCGGAGUUGCCUUGGAGCGGUCCUGGGCGGGAAGCGCCUGCGCGAUGGUUCUUUGCGCAGGCGCGCUGGGCGCUUGGGCCGUCAGCUAUGGCAGGUGUUUGGGCCAGGCGAUUGCGGGCUGCGAUGUGGCACCGGGCACUGCUGCUGCUGCUGUUCUGGCUGGCUUUGGCUUCAGUACAGGGCCUUUACUUCCACAUCGGAGAGACGGAGAAACGCUGCUUCAUCGAAGAAAUCCCUGACGAGACCAUGGUUAUCGGGAAUUACCGCACCCAGCUAUGGGAUAAGCAGACAGAGACCUUCCUGCCUUCCACCCCAGGGCUGGGCAUGCAUGUGGAAGUGAAGGAUCCAGAUGGAAAGGUGGUGUUAUCACGGCAGUAUGGUUCAGAAGGCCGAUUCACCUUCACCUCCCAUACCCCAGGUGACCACCAGAUCUGCCUGCACUCCAAUUCUACUCGAAUGACCAUCUUUGCGGGCGGCAAACUAAGGGUACAUUUGGAUAUUCAGGUUGGUGAGCAUACCAACAACUACCCUGAAAUUGCUGCCAAGGAUAAAUUAACAGAACUACAACUCCGUGCCCGCCAGUUGCUUGAUCAGGUGGAACAGAUCCAAAAGGAACAGAACUACCAGCGGUAUCGUGAGGAACGCUUCCGUAUGACCAGCGAGAGCACCAACCAGAGAGUGCUGUGGUGGUCCAUUGCUCAGACUGUUAUCCUCAUCCUCACUGGCAUCUGGCAGAUGCGACACCUCAAGAGUUUCUUUGAGGCUAAAAAACUGGUGUAAAGUUCUUUCCUGUACAACCCCUUUCCUUUCAUCCCACUUACUUGGUACUUUCCCUCUGUCACACCCUGGCUACUUGGAUUUUGGAUGAAAAAAAAUUGAGAAUAUAUGCUCCUUUAGUUCCAUGGCAGCCACACCAAUCAGAGUGAGGUUAGCAGCCACUGGACUACAAAGAAACAAGCCCAUCUCCCCCAACAAAGAUCAUAGGAUACUGGUCAAAGCCUACACAAAGCUCCUUCUGUACUCUGGGGAAGAGUUUGAGCUAAUCAGGACACAGCUUUGAUAUCACAGCCUUCCUUUUUCCAUGUCCAGUCAUCUUUCCUAUCCCACUGAUUAAAUAAGCCAAGGCCACUCACCUGCUCCCUUAAUUUCUGAUUUUCUUUUACUGUGCCUAUGUCGUGUGUAACUGAAGUGCCACGAAUAGGACAUCCUAGCCUCACUACUGUGCAGUUAGUCAUGGCUUCACUGAGAUGAUCUGUGACUGUAAAUAAGAUGGCAGGUCUUGGAUACCAAGGGAAUGAGAUUUUUUUAUAUAACAAAUAUUUUUUGAUAUGUGUAUUUUAUCCUUCAUAUCUGAAAUGUCACUGCCAGUGUGUAAGAGUGGUUGAAAAGAUCAAUGCAGAACUGACAGUCUUUGGCACUAUCUAUGUGUACAUUUUUUUAAUAACUACUGUGGCAACUGUCAGACUUCAAUGAAAGUUCUAGGAGGUAGGGACCCAAGCAGACGUUUCAGCCUAUUGCUAGUAAGGCCUUGCCUGUAAGUCAUGCAUAGGCCCAUUUGGACACUUUAAACCCCUUAUGGAUAUUAAGGGGAUUUGAAGUUAAGGUAGUAAGCUAUGGAGUGAGCAGUUGGAGGCAGUCAGUUUUCUUCUUCUCUCUUUCCCCCACAGAGCUGCUAACUGUUAAAUUUUAUUUAAGAUGCAGUAAAUAUUUUCUCCAUGGGUCCUAAGUUCAGUUCUUUGUAUGGAUUUUCCAGUGAAAUAAAACCUGUUCUGGUAA